AUGCCGUUUUUCAAUCAGUCCGUCAUCAAUGAAUCCACAACGGAUGAUUUGCCUCGCUGUCAUGAACCAAGCACCUCAAUCGAGGUGUUCUUCAUGGUUUCCUAUAGUCUGGUGUUUCUGGUGGGUUUGCUCCUCAAUGGAUUCAUCCUUAAGUUUUUGCUCUGCCAACGUCAGAAAUCAUCUAGAAGCAUCAUGAUCUACCUGAAGAAUCUCAUAGCUGCAGACUUUCUACUCAGCCUCUGUCUCCCUUUUGACAUCAUCAAUGGAGCUAGCAACUCCAUGACCAUCCGUGUGAUCUACUGCAACUUUGGCUCCACCAUGUUCUACCUCAACAUGUACACCAGCAUCCUGUUCAUGACUUACAUUGCUUAUAACAGAUACCUAAAGAUCAUCUAUUCUAACAAAACUCACAUCAUACAGACAGUGCAAGGCGCCUGCAUCAUCUCUACUCUGACAUGGAUUUGUACCCUAACUAUUGUUACCAGCUACGUUUCUUCAUCACUCAUCACACAAAGGAACUUGACAUUCAUUCCCAGCAGCUGUGAGGAAUUGCGAAGUACAAACUUCAAUGUGUUUGACAUUGUUUUUGACACCUGUGUAUUAGUCAUUUUCCUGUACAUUCUCGCCCUCAUCAUCUUUGUCUACAACCGCACAUCCCAUAAGGUGUCAGAGGUUCAGCAGAGUCAGCUGACAUCCUCCAGUUCUAAAAAAUUGGCCAAGUCACGUCGGAACAUGCGAGUGUUGGUCAGCGUCUUCUGUAUUUCCUUCACCCCCUACCAGCUGGUUAACAUUUUCUAUGAUAUCCUUGGAUGUUCUUGGAGCCCAGUGCUUAACUUCCUGCAAGAAGUGACCCGUGUAUUAUCAGCUGUGAAUAUCUGCCUGGACCCCUUCAUCUACUUCAUCUUCUGCAAGGACUUCCGUGAGCAGCUGAGACUGAAAAAUGGAUUCUUCUUACGGAGAGACACACCAGAACUGAACAUGGAGAGAGGGCCACAAAAUGAAACUGAGCCCAAUAUCCAGUUCAGCAGCGAAAGCAGCUGA